AGACUUUAGAUGCAGACACACAGAGAGCCGGACUUCUGUUCUUGCUCAGCUCUAAAGAAGACCUGCAUUCUGCAAUUUCACUUCUAGAACCAGACAGCAUUCUUCAAUUUCAUUAACUCUGCAGUGAUUUUCAAGACUCUCCAAGUAUUCUUGGGAUUACAGCAUAUGAAGAAAUCAGAAUUUAUCCUAAGUACAAGCCCUAGAACAGGUAAGAAAUGAUACUGCUGCCGUUGAAGAUGUUGAGAACAUGACUUACAGAACAGUGAGAUUUCUCCCAUGGAUGGUGGUAAAAAGAUAAAGUUCAAUAAAGCAUCACUGAAGUAAAGAGACAAAAACAACACCAUGAAGCAGGAAGCACAUCAUCCCAAUAGCACAUACCCACAUACCAGCUUUGCUGCUAUCUAUGGCAACCACAUUGGAGACUUCCCUGCUUAUCAAAACUUCACCUUCCCUUUCAAUUUCAGCUACAGUGACUAUGAUCUGCUCUUGGAUGAUGAUGAUGAUGUGACCAAGACUCGCACUUUCUUCGCUGCCAAAAUUGUCAUUGGUGUGGCACUGGCUGGCAUCAUGUUGGUUUGCGGUAUUGGCAACUUCAUUUUCAUUGCUGCUCUCAUCCGUUAUAAGAAGCUGCGGAAUCUCACCAAUCUUCUCAUUGCAAACCUGGCUAUCUCAGACUUCAUUGUGGCCAUUGUUUGCUGUCCAUUUGAGAUGGACUAUUAUGUGGUGCGCCAACUAUCCUGGGAGCAUGGCCACAUCCUCUGUGCAUCCAUCAAUUAUUUGCGCACCGUUUCCCUCUAUGUUUCAACUAAUGCACUCUUGGCCAUUGCUAUGGACAGGUACCUUGCCAUUGUUCACCCAUUGAAACCUCGGAUGAAUUACCAAACAGCAACUUGUCUAAUUGCUUUGGUGUGGAUCGUCUCCCUGAUCAUUGCAAUACCAUCAGCCUAUUUUGCAACCGAGACUGAACUAUUCAUGAUAAAAAACCAAAAGAAGUUUUUCUGUGGACAGAUUUGGCCAGUCGAUCAGCAGAUGUAUUAUAAAUCCUAUUUUCUUUUCAUCUUUGGUGUCGAAUUUGUUGGACCAGUCUUCACCAUGACCCUUUGCUAUGCCAGGAUUUCACAGGAGCUUUGGUUUAAAACUGUGCCAGGCUUCCAGACGGAGCAGAUCAGAAAAAGGCUUCGUUGCAGAAGGAAAACUGUGCUGGUGCUCAUGUGCAUCCUAACUGCCUAUGUUCUCUGCUGGUCACCCUUCUAUGGCUUCACAAUCGUCCGUGACUUCUUCCCCACUGUCUUUGUGAAGGAAAAGCAUUACUUGACAGCUUUCUACAUAGUGGAAUGCAUCGCCAUGAGCAAUAGCAUGAUAAAUACCAUGUGCUUUGUGACAGUCAAGAACACCACCAUGAAAUACUUCAAGAAGAUUAUGCUGCUUAGGUGGAGGUCCACCUACUAUGGAUCCAAGGCUAGUGUAGAUAUGGACAUCAGAACCAGCGCAAUGCCCAUAACUGAGGAGGUGGACUGCAUUAGACUAAAAUGAAAUCUUGACAGAUGUUAGUCUCACAGCCAAGAUUCCAUAGCCUCAUUCACUCACAGCUUUGCUUUCUUUUCUUCUUUUUUCAAUGUGUCAACAUUUACCAGGAAAGUUGCUGUCCAGCAGAGCACAGACUGAACAAGACCCCUGAAAUGCUCCAGAAAGCAAAACACUGGAGCACAACCAGCUUUAUCACUGUUAUUCCACUUUGUUGUGACUCAGUUUCUCUGGUUUGAAAUUAUAUUUACUGUAUAUCUAGGCUGGAAAUCAGAAAAUGAUGGGGGGCGGGGAAUGGGAUUAUUCCGAAAUCUAAGAUUCUUUCUUGACUCUCAUCAAAAUCCCCAUUACUUCGUGUCAGGACAGAGGCAAACAACAUGCUUGUUCACUCCAUGUGUAAGACAAAGAAAGGCAAGGAACCUUUUAUGAUCAGCCAAUUGUUACGGAUCAAUGGGCUUCAAAAUGUUCCUUAUAUUAUCAGAACCUACCCAAGCAAUUCCAAUACUGUGAUAAGGUCCCUUAAACUGGACUCUGGGAUGGCUGAAAUUAGUCAAAUUUUCUGUAAAAUUUCUGCUCUUUUCUUUGUAAUAGUAUCCCUUUAUAGUAUCAGUAAUAUCCCUUUCUUGCAGAAAUCUUGUAGCCUAUUGAUGUUUAUAGAUGUAUGGAUAAAAUGUUUUUAUUCCUACUACAGGCUUGAUACAGCUGCUAUAAUUUCUCUCAGUCAGCUUCUUCCCAUUUCUCAAAUCUAUUUAACUUGUAUUUACAUUAGGGAAAAAGAAAACAGACCCCCCUAUAUUUGGAAAACACUGGGUUUUUUCAUUAUUAUGGUCAUCUUUUUAUUUUUAUGUAUGUAUGUAUUUAUUUAUUUAAAUUUAAAUUGGCUGCCUAACACUAUUCUAUCAUAACUUUGAUGUGACUCUUGUUUAAAGUGAUCUAACAAGCUACAUAAGUAGAUAAGGAUCCCAUUGUUACUUUAGAAUUAAUGAACUUCAUAUUGCCUUCUGAACAAUAGUUUUUUGAGAUGCCCUAUCGUUUUUCAGAGCUUUCUAAAACCUGAAGCUGGUUUGCUUCAAAACGGUUAAAAAGGAAAGGCCUUUCUGCCUUCCUGUAAUUCAAGUGCUGAGUAGAAGGUGGUCAAUUAUGCUUGUGGUAUCCAGAUAGAAAGAAAAGCCAUAGAGAUCAGUUAGCACACAUGUACAUAAUAGGGAGAACUGAAAAUAUAUUCCUGGAUAGAUAUAAUUCACAGAAAAAAACUGGGAAAGCUGGAAGAUGCCCAAACAUUGUGCAUUUUAUGUAUGGUGCAUACACAGUACUCAUCUUUUCUUUCUUACAGAUAUUUACCAUGACUUGAAAAAUGCAAAGUACACAUUGCAAAUCUGAAACACAGAACAAAUGUCUGAUAAGAAAAAAAUAAUUCCCUACUAUUCUCCUGAAACCAAAAUGUCCUUCCCGUCCCCCAAAAUAAUGCAGUCAAGAAAAUCAGGGAACUUAUCAAAUAUUGGGAACUGGCCUUGCUGAAUAUUACCAACCUGAUGAGUAGACUUCAACUCCCAGAAUUCCCCAGCUAGCUUUAAGUAUCCAUGGGUGCAAGGUGACAAGUGGCAAAUACAUCCUGCCCACUAAGUAUGAUGUUAUAAUGCAUGUACGAUGAGGCAAUGCUUGCAUCAUAAUGUCACAAUGCUUGAACUGACACUUAUGCCUUUAGCAUAGCCAUUGCUAAGCAUUUGGGGAGUUGAAAUCCCACCCAUUUGGGGAGUUGAAAUCCCACCCAUUUGGAGGGACCCCAGAUUGGGCAAAAGAGUUUGGGCUUCAUCCCCAUUGUCUGCAGGGCUACCCCACUUGGUAAGAGGAAUCUUGACAGACUACCUAUUCUGAGAUUUCUCCAGGACAAUUUAUAAGGCAUUAACAACAUCUCCAGCUAAGAAGCUUACUUGAAAGAACCAGUAACUUUGGAUGCUGUGAAAAGAACCAGGUAUGAAGAACACCCACCACAGGUACCUUGCAGAUGCUCCACCAAUCCCACCUAACUCAGAAGAGAUUGGGUUGCCCUAAACAGGGCUACUGGCCAACACUUGGAAAAUGCAAUAAGGAUGGAGAAAUAAGCCUUUCUCACUACUCUUAUUGUCACAAGCAUCCAUCUGGCAAUGCUAGUCCUGGUGAACACAUGAAGAAUAGCAAUAUUGUGCAUUUUAAAACUCAGACAAAUUUCUCUAUCCUUCCAGCUCUCCAAGCUCUGAAUGUACUUGAUCACAGUGGAUUUGCUAUAUUUAUCUACUGCACUGGAGAUCAAACCUGAUCAAAACACAGAAACAUCAGUCAAGACAUAGACUUUUACCACAAGAUGUGGAGCUGGCUACCAUUUUGGCUGACUUCAAAAAAAAGAUUGAACCAAUUCAAUGAAGUCAUGGGGAUCGCUGGCUAUUGGCCUUGAUGGCAAUGUGACUGCCUCUGAGGGCCAUCUGCUGGGAGACUAGUAGGCUUCCUUGGGCAGUUGGGCUAGCCACUGAGAGAACCAACUGCUGGACAAGAUGGAACAGGGCUCUAA